AGAGCUCCAAUGGCGAACUGGUAGUGUCAGAAAGUGGAACGUUUUUGCAAAAGGAGGGCACUAUUUACGAUAUUACUGCUGAUCAGACGUUGCCGUGAUGGCAUUUUUUCUCGAAUCUGGUUUUCUGACGUAACUACGCGACUGUCAAACCUGUGAAGAUAAGGUCGUCAGGUACAUGUAACACAAGGAUCAUGUGGGUCAGAUUUAGAUGCAGCUUCCAGCGAUUUGGUUGGUCAGUUCUGACCAAUCAGAGAUGUUUGUGUUCGUCAGGCAGUGAGAUUCAAAGUCCUCUGAAUUAUGUUGAUGGGGAGAGGAUAAAUCCCACCAAUCGCAAUGAGCCUGAGAGAUUUGACCUUUUUGCCCCAGCAACAGGUGAAUUGUUGGGACACAUAGUGAGUUCAAGCCCAGAAGAUGUUGAUACUGCCGUGAAAAACUCUGAAAAUGCUUUUAAGAAGUGGUCAUCACUAUCAGGUUCUGAGAGGGGCAAAGUUUUACUUCAAACGGCGCAUAUUAUUCGGGAUCAAGCGGAAGAGCUGUCUCAUGUAGAGGUUUUAAACACCGGGAAGCCGAUAUGGGAGGCGCGAGUGGACAUCCUAGGGUGCGCAGAUGCCGUGGAGUAUUACGGAGGAAUUGCAGCCACAAUAGCCGGUCAGCAUAUUCAGUUGCCCAAUGGAAGUUUUGCUUACACCCGGCGAGAGCCCUUGGGUGUGGUGGGAGCCAUUGGGGCGUGGAACUACCCAUUCCAGAUGGCUGCAUGGAAGUCUGCCCCUGCCUUAGCCUGUGGGAAUACCAUGGUGUUUAAGCCUUCACCUCUCACCCCACUCACGGCCAUUAUGCUGGGGGAGAUCUACACACAGGCGGGACUCCCCGAUGGGUGUUUUAACGUCAUACAGGGUCAAGCCAAUACGGGAACAUGCCUCAGUCAGUACCCAGGGAUCAACAAGAUGACCUUCACAGGAAGUGUACCCACAGGGUCAAAGGUCAUGGAAGCUUGUGCCCAGGGUAUAAAGCCGGUGACCCUGGAGCUGGGGGGAAAGUCGCCCCUGAUCGUGUUUGCCGACUGUGACGUGGAGAACGCUGUUAACGGGGCCAUGUUAGCCAACUUCCUUACACAGGGGCAGGUAUGCUCUAACGGGACACGAGUAUUUGUCGAGGAGCCCAUCUUGGAUCAGUUUCUGACGUUACUAGUGGAGAAGACGAAGAAGCUGAAGAUCGGAGACCCAUGGUCAGAUGACACAGCUGUUGGUGCGAUGAUCAGCCGUGAGCACGCGGAGAAGGUUCUGGGAUAUGUACAGCUGGCUAAGUCAGAGGGUGCCACAGUUCUUUAUGGCGGGGAUCGCGUGACAUUAAAAGAUCCAAAAUUUUCCGAGGGUUAUUUCCUGCGUCCCUGCAUCCUGUCUGGUUGCCAUGACAACAUGAGAGUGGUCCAGGAGGAGAUAUUUGGUAGUGUUGUCUCUGUGUUGAGUUUUGAUUGCGAAGAUGAGGUGGUCAAGCGGGCGAAUGAUACAGAGUUUGGAUUAGCAGGUGGUGUUUUUACAAGGGAUAUUCAGCGAGCUCACAGAGUUGCGGCCCAGUUACAGGCCGGUACCAUCUACAUUAACAACUAUAAUGUGUUCCCAGUAGAAGUGCCAUUUGGAGGUUACAAAAAGUCCGGGCUGGGACGAGAAAAUGGGACAGUAACACUGGACUACUACACACAGGUCAAGAGCGUUUAUGUGGAAAUGAAUAAGGUUGUGUCGCCAUGGUAAUGAGAUGUUGGCAGGAAAUGGGGAACGAAAAUUAAGUCUGUGCUAUGUGAAAAUGAGUGAGGUUGUGUCGCCAUGGUAAUGACCUGUUGGCAGUAAAUAGGGAACAAAAAUUAAGUCUGUGCUAUGUGAAAAUGAAUAAGGUUAUGUUGCCAUGGUAACGAGAUGUUGCCAGUAAAGAGGGAACCAAAAAAGUCUGUGCUACAGAAUUAGUAAUAAUCAGAUCAUCCCAAGUUUGGCUUAGUAUUCGGAAGCUGAAUGUGUGUUUUGGAAGUUAUGGUUGCCGUGGGCCAGAUGACACAUUCUUAUUUCUCCAAAUAAUUGCUGAGAAUUCAAGAUGGUGCUUUUGCUCAACUUGUUUUAUGAAGGGCUGGUAUGAGGUGUGAAUGAGCGUGUUACAUGUGAAUGGAAAUGAAGUGAGAAAAACGUCAGCAACAA